AUGGUCAACGUUGGACUACUUCUCUUGACAGCCUUCCUUGGAAGAGCUUCAGCCGCCGGGGUAACCGGGGCCGCUGAAGGCUUUGCCAAGGGCGUCACUGGUGGCGGAAGCGCCUCUCCUGUUUAUCCUACCACUAAUGCCGAGCUUGUCAGCUACCUUGGCGACUCUUCGGCACGUGUGAUUAUCCUUACGAAGACCUUUGAUUUCACCGGCACCGAAGGCACAACGUCUGCGACCGGGUGUGCCCCUUACGGGACAGCAUCUGGGUGCCAGACUGCCAUCAACCAGAACGAUUGGUGCACUGUAUAUCAACCAAACGCCCCGAGUGUCUCGGUCAAGUAUGACAAUGCGGCAAUCACGCCAAUUACUGUCAAGUCCAAUAAGUCACUUGUCGGCUCCGGUAACUCUGGUAUCCUCAAAGGAAAGGGGCUGAAGAUUGCCAGCGGCGCCAGCAACAUCAUCAUCCAAAAUAUUCAUAUCACGAACCUGAACCCGCAGUACGUUUGGGGUGGAGAUGCCAUCAUCUUGGAUGGUGCUGACCUUAUUUGGAUUGAUCAUGUCAAAACCUCUCUCAUCGGCCGUCAGCAUAUAGUGCUGGGCUACGGAGCUUCCAACCGCGUCACCAUUUCCAAUAAUGAGAUAGACGGCUCAACAUCUUGGUCAGCUACAUGUGACGGACAUCACUACUGGGGUCUUUAUUUCACCGGGUCGAACGACCUGAUCACUCUCAAGGGCAAUUACAUCCACCACACUUCAGGACGGUCCCCGAAGGUCGGCGGGAACACCCUCCUUCACGCGGUCAACAACUAUUGGUACGCCAACUCUGGCCAUGCUUUCGAGGUGGAUGCUGGCUCCCAAGUGGUGGUUGAGGGAUCCGUCUUCCAGAACGUAGUCAAUGAGGUCGAAGCAAGCAGCUUCAAGGGCAAGAUGUUCAACAGUCCUGACACCACCACAAACGCGGCCUGCGCUUCGUACCUAGGUCACAAUUGUCAGCUGAACGCCUUUGGAAGCAGUACUGGUUACAAUGCGAAGGACACGUCAUUCUUCUCCAACUUCCAGGGCAAGAACAUUGCCAGUGCCAGCACGGCGUCUUCAGCCCAGUCAAGUGUGCCGAACUCGGCUGGCUUUGGGAAGAUCUAG